AUGACGAACACGCCUAAAAUCCUUGGUCUAACCUUUGACAACAAACACACCUGGAUUCCAUUUUUAAAAAACCUUAAAACAGAAUGCCUCAGAAGACUAAAUAUAUUAAAAGUCAUCGCAUCUAAAAAUUGGGGAGCUGAAUUUCAAGUCUUAAUCAAAUCAUAUAAAGCCUUAGUUCUAUCCAAGCUCGACUAUGGAUCAAUUGUAUAUAGCUCUGCAAAACCAAGUACUUUAAAAAUACUAUCGCCCAUACACAACGCGGGAGCCAGGAUAGCAACUGGGGCUUACUGCACUAAUCCGAUCACUGCGAUCUUAAGCGGAGCUAACAUCCUUAGAUGUCAGAAGACAACUUCAACGUUGAAGAAAUCGUUAGAAAUCAGAAGAAAACAACUGAGUUUAUCAUAUGCAGCAUCUAAAAUGUCAACGUCUUCAAAUCCUGUAUAUAAACAAAUAACAACCGACAACCUUAGCAGUGUUUUUGGAAAGAAACCUAAUCUACCGAAACCUUUGAAUUUUCGCCUAAGAGGAUAUCUAAUGGACCUAAAUAUCAACACACCACUCGUCGCACCGAGGAAACACUACAAAUCUCCACCGUGGACAAUAGAAACCCCCCUUAUAAUCGACAAAUUUUUAAAAGUAGGCAGAGAUAUUAAUCCUAACAUCGUUAAAACACUAUAUAUCGAAAUAACAAAUGAAUACCAAAAUCACAAACAAGUAUUUACCGAUGGUUCAAAAUCCCCCCAAGGGACCGGAUGUGCAGUAUGCCUCCCUGACAUAGAUCUAACAUUCAAACUUCCAGAUGGAUUUACAGUUUUUAGCAGUGAGGCAUUCGCAGUUCAAGAAGCCUUAAAGUAUAUAGAGAAAGAAACACACAACAAAUUUAUUAUAUUUUCAGACUCCAAAAGUGUAAUAUUGGCCUUACAAAACUGUGAAAGCAGCGACACAAUAAUCCGGAACAUCAUCGAACUAAAUGCUACACUUAGUCAGAAUGGAAAAGAAAUACUGUAUUCUUGGAUACCCUCCCACGUCAACAUUGAAGGCAACGAGAAGGCCGACAUAGCAGCAAAAGCUGCUGUUUCCAGCACAGCCGAAAUAAGCAACUAUUCUGUCUCCUACAAGGAUCUUCAGAAAUUUUUCAUUAAAGCGAUCACAGACUGGUGGAAUGAGGAAUGGAAACAUUCAAAACCGACAAAGCUUCACAAAAUAAGAGACAAUAUAAAUGAAAUACACCCAGCUUGGCGGCUAAACAGGAAAGAUCAAGUAAAGCUGACACGAUUAAGAAUAGGUCACACCAGCUGGUCGCACUCGUACCUCAUAACCAAAACCGAACCAAAUAACUGCGAUACCUGCAGGACUCAAAACUCCAUUGAACAUAUACUGGUUACCUGCCUAAAGUACAACACGAUAAAGACACAAUUUGAGUUACCCAAUUCACUGAGCGUACUACGAGAAGAGAACUCCGGCAAACAGACAUUAAGCUUCCUAAAAGAUAUUGGACUGUACCACUUAAUAUAG